CCAAAUGACCGAGUCAUUUUUUGUGCAACUAACGUGUGAUCAUGCGUUGUUCACUAAAAAGCUUAUUUAUGAUGACUUGCAUCUUUUUCUGGUGGAGACGGAUCCUCAUCAUCAGUCUGUCGGCUCUGUCAAGUUGAAGUUGAUGGAUGACCCAAAAUUCAAUUCGAAAUCAGCUGUGAAUUUUUCAGCACUAGUAAAGAACAGUCAAGCUGCGAAACGAAAACCUGUUUCAAACUCGGAUAAAACGAGUGGUUUAAAGGUGUCUAAAAUGAACCGAGACUUAUUUCAAGUGUCUCUGAAUUGUGAUGCAUCCUUGCUCAAGAAAUUUGAAGCCGGACAAGUUAUUCAAUUAUUCCUGGUCGACAAGUAUCCUCUUAGUGAACCAUGCAGAGGCUCAGUAGUGUUGAAGAUAAUGUCUGAUCAAGUACUGACAAGAACAAAUCAUCUUGGUUCCAAAUCAGCCAAUCAGAUGCCUUCUAAAUCAACCAAUCAGAAAAGGACAUUGAAACGAAGUAAAACUGACGGGAAUGAUUCAAAUAGGCCACUUGACCUCUCUCUUAAGGCAUCCAAAAGAAGUGAAUCUAGGAUUCCUUGGAACGAAACACGAAAGAAUUCUCCGGUGUUUCUGGGAAAGCAUUUCUUUCAAAGCAGCGAUUUAAUUGGCAGCGAAGUUUCGUUUUCUACUUCAAUUCAAGUGGCUCUGGAUUUUAGAAAAAGUUCAGAUGGUCGCUUUGAAUGUCCCGUCUGUUCGAAGCUAUUCAGAGGUCGGUCCAGCGUGAAACGGCAUUUGGAAUCCAUGCACUCUGGAAAACUUUUCACGUGUGAAAUUUGCGGCUUGAAAGUGUCGAGAAAAGAUAACUUGCAAUUGCAUCUAAUGAGCAAACACGAACUAGAACGGGACACUGCAAAAUUGUUCUGUGAGAUGGCAACUCAAAGUGAGCAUUCUGAUUGACAUUUAGAGGCGAAAGAAAAUCUGUUUGAACUAUUUUGUGAUUUUGGUGAGAUAAUGGUAA